GUAGUUUUUUCAUUUCAAAGAGGAAUCGGGUGCAAAUUUCAUUCUACUGGCCACACACAAAAAAGCGACAAAAAAGGCGUUGAAAUUUUUCAUUAUACGCUUUUAGUUACGGUGGAAUAAAAAGAAAACUAUUAAAUAUUUUAUUAAUUAAUAAAAACUACCAAAUAUUAAUAUAACUCCUAAACUUCAAAAUGGCUCCAACAGCAGGAACAGUACCACCACCAAUUUCUUGGGCCCAGAGACAUGAACUACUUUACGUCAUCAUCGAUGUGGAAUGCAAGGAUAUUGAACACAAGGUGACAGAGAAUAGUUUAACAUUCAAGGGUACCAAUGUGCUCGAUGAAAAAAAAUACGAAGUCACAUUAAAUUUCCUAAAUCCCGUUAAUCCCGAAAAAGUCACAAGUAAAAAUAUUGGCAGAUGUAUUGAAUUUACCAUUUACAAAAAAGAAUCAGGUCCCUUCUGGAAAUCAUUAACCAAUGAUAAAACUAAAUUGCAUUUCCUUAAAGCCAAUUUCACCAAAUGGAAAAAUGAGUCCGAUGAUGAAGAAGCAGAUAAUGGCUCUUCAAAUUUCCUACUUAAUGACAUGCUGGCGGGUUCAGGCAUGGAAAAUAGAUUUGAUGAUUUCAAUGUCGAUGAUGACGAUGAUUCGGAUGACAAUAUUCCAAGUCUAUCACAAAAUGAUGAUGACGAAGAUGACAAAAAGGAAGAAGAAAAGAAGGAUCAAGAAAAAUAGUUUAGCUAUUAGUGUUAAACUUUUAUAAUAUUAAAUUACUUCUCUUAAUAUUAGCAUGAACAUUAAUUGCUUUUUAAACAAAACAAUUUAAUUUGAAAUAUUCUCUUAUGAAAAUAUUAAAAACCCAGAACAUUAAAAACAAAAAAAACAUACACACACACUUAUUAAACAGAUAACGUUGACUUCAGAAAAUAAACUAAUAAUAUAUACACUCAGAUUAUUUAACAGAUAUUGAUGAGAAAAAUUACCAACCUUUACAUGAAAAUACUUUAUAUUUAAAUUAUUCUUAAAUAUAUUAGAACUAUGCUUCAGCAUUAUUCUAUAUAAAGGAAAACAAAUACACUUUAUAUAUUUAAAAAACGAACAAUCACAAACAAAAUAAUGUUGCAAGUAAUAUUUAUUAUGUUUAUUAGAUUUUUUUUUUUAAAUUUUUUUUCCUUUUCGAAAAUUCGAUUCAUGAAAAACACAGGUCAAAACAACAAAAAACGAAUACCAAAUUCUUAUUAAAUUUAUGAUUCCUGUACAUAAGGGAAGUUAAUCGCAUAUGAUUAAGAGUUAUUUGCAAAAUAAAAAUUUAAUUUUAUAAAUAUCAAAAAGGAAAAUAUUCAAAAUAA